AACCAAAAAUUACACAAGAUCAUAUUAUAACUUCAAAAAAAGAAAUUAUUUGGAAACUUUUAAUGGAAUUAUUUGAUUUAUUUAAAUAUCCUACAAAUACUAAAUAUAGAUUUUUACAAACUACACCUCAAAUGAAUCAAAUUGGAUAUAAUAAACUUGCCUUAUAUUAUGAAAAUAGAAAAAAACGUAUGGAAAAAUUAUAUAAACAAGAAAUUACUAAUGAAGAACCACGAAAUACAUCUGGAAGAAGAGCUACUGAAGUU